AUGUUUCGCCCGAUUUUUCUGGGUAACGAGUUUGGCGACUCCUCUUCGGACACUGGAGUCUUUUCGCUGCUGCUCGUGCUACAAGGUGCGCCUGGCACUUGGCUGUUGCCCGAUUCGCUAGUGCAUUUCCAGGCGCCUCAGCUCAACGCAUUUGUCAGCAUGGCUGACUGCUUCACGUUGUGAAAGAAAGACUUCUGGAAGUCAGAUCCCCCGCCCAGGCCCUGCAAAUCUGCCUACAAAAAACCCAAACUUACUUCCAGUGGUUUCGACAAAAAGCUAUAAGCUAAAUCGGUCUAGUAUCGGGGCCGAAUUUUUCCGAUUUCAUCCCGGUCUUCGUGUAAGUAUUCAGGCUGAGUUCUCUUAUUUUAAGCCGUGUUACAUAACAUAAACCAUAUGGAGGAUUGCUAAGCGGGACGAUUCGCAGUCACUUCAAUUAUCCGUGGUCAAUCGGAGCACACCCAAGCUUUUGUGUAGUAUCUGUACUGUAGUCCGACGACUCAGUUUUCAGUUGAACAGUGAGUAGUUAAUACACCGAGGUUAGCAUGCUUCAAUUUUAUUGUUUACCUAAUGAUCCAGUCUAGGCGAAUUACGUCGGACAAGAUUACUGACUUCAAAUUUGGAAGAAUGGAAAAGGUCUGGAUCCCACGAAACAUCCGCAGUUCCGACGCAUAGAGGCGGAUGCAUGCAGAACCUCACAUGUGGGCUCCCAUGUGCGGAAUUAGGAUGACAAUAUCUCCAUUCCGGAAAUUCCGUCACAGAAUGUUGGGCUUGCAAAGUUUGAACACGGUGACCUUCCCUCUCAUGUUGACUCCUAAUUUCAAGGGUUACAUACGUGCCCUAACUGCAUAUAAAACGUUGAACCCCGACAUUUUCGUCGCAGCCUUGUUGAGUAAUCCGCAGGAAACCGUGGACGCACAUUUUGUGGAAAAAGUGCAGCGGUGUACCAUGCGUGGAAUGCUAAGGGCUGUAGUUUCUUUAAUGAAUCCCUCCCGCCUGCUUCGGCCUGUUUCUCUGAAUUAGGUAUUCCACGUUUUCGCUUCUGACCCACACGGGCGCCAGGAUUGCUACACGGACCUGUUCAACCUAGCCAAGCCAGUCUACGUCCAUUAUCGAUCCACCGGACUACCGUCCCAGAUAACUGUCUAGCAAACGCAUUAGCCUUUCCGGACACUCAUUGGCACUGCAAGCCUGCUAUGCAGCCUUAAAAAAGUCGGUGAUGGCCUCCUAUUGUUAUCUUCCCUGUCUUCGGUUAAAUGCGACUUGAUCCAGACUAUGCAUGUUAAAGCGCACCCAUAACCUUAGUCCAAGCAGAGGUCUCGUGGAUCACCCUAAAACCUCAGUUCAAAAACGCAAGCACAGACAAUCGGCAAAGCAAUUGUAUCGUUGGCAAGUCCGCGCUAAGUAAUUAUGUAAAAUACGCGAAUAGGAACCCCUUCCCUCCAAUCCGGCAAUACAGGUGACCUUGCUUGAAAUUCCGCGACGGUCAAGUAGUGCCAUGUCCUAAUCGUAACAUUGACCUUGACCCUAAAAUUGACCAUUACCCUGAUCUCAACCCUUACAUUAGUUCUCACCUCUCCAGAACUUAGCGUAUGACCCCUGGAGCAGGGUGAGAGUCCGACUCCCGUAUCCUUCGGGUGGUCUUAUGUUGAGGCCGAAAAAGCCCUUCAGCAAAACGCCCUUUUGCUGUUUGCAUCGUUUCUCCUGUGUCAGUGGAUAUAAACAGAUGUUAUUACAGGCCUCUCCAAAUUCCGCAACUUCAUAUUGUGAUGAAAUAGCGAGUGAAGUCCAUGGCAUUGUCUCGUUGUCAUUCGAUAGUACAUUUUCAUGGAAGGCCGUCGGGUGCAAUGCGCCUCGCUAGAGGAUUUUUGGGGGACAUUUUAUAUGCCAAUUUUAAUCAAGAAGUUAUACGCCCUGACUUAAUGACACUUCGACCGUCGUGACCAAUGAUGUCCACCGUGUGCUUUACAGCAGACUGAGAGUGGGCACAGUGAAGGAGCUUAUAGCGAAAGUCGACUUGCGCAGCACCUACCGCACUCUCUCCUUCCCCACCUGGGCCCGGCGCCCAAGACAUGGUCAAGAAGGCCGGAGGUGAGAGAGGGUGCAGGUAGAUGGCACGGCGAAUGAACCCGCGCCUAGGCGUACCACCAUGCCCGCGACCCACAGUACAUAUUAACCAGGAUUUUAUACAUCAAGAAAAAAAUGAGAGACCGUAUGCAACCCGAAUUGACGCGGCGAGAGCCUGCAGCAACAAGCCUGGCCCACAAUACACACUGACGGGGAUUUAGAAUCCAACAAAAACAAGAGCGACAGAUGACGUUGCCGAAGCCAGCCCUAGGCGUGCCGCCUUACCCGGCUCGGGUCCCACGGUGUGGGAGUGCCAUCGAGGCUACGUUAUGAGGGAGCCAUUGCAGCCUGACGCUCAGAUCACCGGUCCUCCACUCCACAUAGACAAAUAUUCUGGGCCGAUUGCAAUGUCCAAGUUAUUCGUCAGUUGGUAGCCUUCCAAGCCACGGUUAGAAAGAGAACGAUGACACAAGUCACUGGGCAACCAUGCACACGGCCUGUAUGUACAGCGGGAGUGCAUCUGCCGGCAGGGAAUCAGGUGUCAGAGAACUGUCAGCGCACACCAGACUGCGAGGGCCAUGGUCUGCUGAAGCGCUGCAUGGCAUACGCACACAAUUCGUAAAGCUCUGACGUAGUACAAAUGCCCUGACAUCAUGCGAAUUUCUACCUUACUGCUUGUUUGAAAACUGUGAGGCAUCUUCCAUGCAUCACCCAUACCAGCAAAGAAUGCUAAUUUCUAAUGAAUGUGGGUGCAGACUUCGGUUUUCGGUAAUUUUAAACAUCAGAUUAUUCAAGCCACCUCUUCGUAAUCGAGCCCAUUUCUUGUCUGACAAGCAUGUUUUUAUUCAGAUUGGCAAAGUUGAGAGAUCCAGGUUGAUUAUUUGAAGAAGAAGAAGAAGAAGAAGAAGAAGAAGAAGAAGAAGAAGAAGAAGAAGAAGAAGAAGAAGAAGAAGAAGAAGAAGAAGAAGAAGAAGAAGAAGAAGAAGAAGAAGAAGAAGGAGAAGGAGGAGGAGGAGGAGGAGGAGGAGGAGGAGGAGAAGAAGAAGAAGGAGAAUGAGAAGAAGGAGAAGGAGAAGAAUAAGAAGGAGGAGAAGAAGAAGAAGAAGAAGAAGAAGAAGAAGGAGGAGGAGGAGGAGGAGGAGGGGGAGGAGAAGAAGAAGAAGGUGGGCUCACCGGAACAGGUUUAUUAG